UAUCAUUGACGAGUGCCACAGCAGGUUAAAAGGAAGAGAGACUCACUUGGGCUAAUUCGUCUGCCAACAGCAUGGAAAAGCCACUUCUGGGCAGCUUCAAGGGAGCUGAGUACGAAAAUGCAGAAAGCAGAUGCACGCGUUUCAAUUCGAUGGGUAAAAAGAUGAUGAAUUCUUGGAAAGAUUUACUACAUUUUGCUUCAAAAGCAUGGCAAAUGGGCCGUUCUGAUCCCAGGAAAGUCAUCUUUGCAAUAAAAAUGGGACUGGCUUUGUCCACAGUUUCGUUGCUAAUAUUUUGGAAAAAAUCGUAUCGCGACGUUAGUCAGUACUCAAUCUGGGCUAUCCUCACUGUAAUUGUGAUGUUCGAAUUCAGCAUCGGUGGGACUUUCAUCAAAGGAUUUAACCGCGGUUUCGGAACAUUGUUUGCCGGAAUGCUUGCAUUCUGCUUUUCCGAGUUAUCUUUGCUGGCUGCAAAACUGGAGGAAGUUGUGAUUGUCAUAAGCAUAUUUAUCGUUGGAUUUUUUGCGUCUUACUUGAAGCUGUACCCAACAAUGAAGCCCUACGAGUACGGGUUUCGAGUUUUCGUGUUGACAUACUGCAUCCUAAUGGUUGCUGGGAACAGAACAAGGGAGUACAAUGAGGCAGUUGUGACUCGACUGGUUCUUAUUGCAGUGGGAGCUGCCGUUUGUUUAGCUGUUAACAUAUGCAUAUAUCCGAUAUGGUCGGGAGAGGAUCUGCAUAACUUGGUUGUGAAGAAUUUCAAGGGAGUUGCUACUUCAUUAGAAGGCUGCGUUAACGGGUACCUAAAAUGUGUCGAAUAUGAGAGGAUCCCGUCACGAAUUCUUACAUACCAAGCUGCAGAUGAUCCACUGUACAAGGGCUAUCGAUCCGUGGUAGAAUCUACAAGCCAAGAAGAAACUCUGUUGGGAUUUGCAGUCUGGGAACCACCUCAUGGGCGUUACCGAAUGUACAAUUAUCCUUGGACAAAUUUUGUGAAAUUAAGUGGUGCAUUGAGGCAUUGUGCGUUUAUGGUCAUGGCUCUACAUGGGUGCAUUCUUUCCGAAAUACAGGCACCAGCAGAAAAGAGGCAGGUUUUUCGUGAUGAACUCCAGCGGGUUGGAGCUGAAGCUGCCAAAGUUUUGCUGGAACUCGCCAAGAAAGUGGAGAAGAUGGAAACAUUAGGCCCUGGAGACGUGCUCCAAGACGUGCAUGAGGCAGCAGAGGAACUGCAGAAGAAGAUAGACCAGAGAUCAUAUCUUCUGGUCAAUUCAGAGAGUUGGGAAAUCGGAAGACGGCCUAAUGGACCACAAAAUGCUUCAACAGAGGACAUGCUUGGGGACCAAGCAUCUUGGCCCGUGCCUCUCUCAUUCGGUGGCGGCAGCGGCGUUAUCAAGGAAUGUAACUGUGGAACAUAUGAAAGCGCGAGCGCCUUGUCCCUGGCCACAUUUGCUUCGCUACUGAUUGAGUUUGUUGCCCGGCUUCAAAAUGUGGUUGACACAUUCCAAGAGCUCGGUGAGAAGGCAGACUUUCAGGCGUUUGUUCCGGAUACACUACGGAAUUUUCAAGCUACUGGAAAUCUUGUGGGAAUCAGUUCCGUUUGAACUCUAAACCUGAGAAGAAAUUUAAAAAGGGGACGUUUCGAAAAAAUGAGUCGAUUAUCAACUUAAUAAUGUCAUCAGUGGGUGCGGACAACAAUUCCUUGCAUUUCAAACCAUCCAGAGUUUGAUCAGAUGAUACAUGUCCAACACUCAUCUAUGAGCCUAUCUAUCACAAAUCACAACUCAAAAUUAUAUCUAAGAACGCUUGCGCUUGGAUUUCUUUUUCGAUGGUUCUCCAGACUCCGCAAGAUAUGCUUCUGGAUUUACGUUCUCAGCCAUUUUUUGUAUUCCAUACUCUUUUGCCUUUUUCUGUAAAACAACCAGCGAAAAGGAGGUAAGGUAAAACGAAACCAACAAGACAACCAUGUUUCUAGAGAGUGAUCAAAAUGUAAGCUUCUAGCAAUGCCUUAUUUCUAUCAUUAUAGUUUACCUUCA